GAGAUGAAGUAAGCUUCGCGGGUGAGUUUCCAGACACAACACAACACAAUAUCAAUCACUCAACUCCUCCAACCCAAAAAUUUCAUUCUUUCUCUUUCUCUCUCUUUCUCACACGCACACACCGCUAACAAAAACCAAACCUUUUCACCCCUAAAAUUAUUAAUCGAUCAAGUGUUUCCCACAGUGUACGAGGAAGGAGGAAUCAUGGCUAUGGGGCCAGAAAGAUCCAAGGCACUGCACAACUUCUCCAUGCCCUGCUUGAAAUGGGGACACCAGAGAUUCCUCCGCUGCGUCAAAGUCCCCUCCACCGACGACCACCAUCGCCGAUCAUCCCAUCCCGACCCGCCGUUUCUCGCUUCCACCAAGCGCAAAGCCACAGCCACCGGCGACAUCGACAACAUCGAUGCCGUCCGCCAGAAGCUCAUGGUGGAUCUCAAAGACGCCGCCGAUAAGCUCAAAGUUUCAAUCUUUGAGGAAGGUACCGUCGCCAACACCACCAUCAACAACAACCACGCAAGGCCAUGGAAUCUCAGGACAAGAAGAGCUGUGUGCAAGUCGCCGCCGCCGACGCACCGUGAAGAUCAAAAACACAAGAAUCUUGAUUCUAUCCCUGAAGCUAUGGUGGUUGGUGUGGGCAUAGAGACCCCCAAAAAGAUAACGGAAGAAAAGCCCAAGUUUUCUGUUUCAUUGUCCAAGGCAGAGAUUGAACAGGAUUUCUUGGUUUUGCUUGGGACCAGGCCUCCGCGGAGACCCAAGAAGAGGCCUAGAAUUGUGCAGAGGCAACUUGAUACCCUUUUUCCUGGAUUGUGGCUCAGCGAGGUCAGUGCAGAAUCUUACAAAGUCCCUGAUGUCCCUGAAUGAGGGACUGGAAUCAUAUGAUGCCAAUGCUUCUUGCUGACUUUUUUGUCUUACAGUGUCACAUAAAUAAUGGUAACCACCAAGUUGUCCAUGUAAAUCACAACACUGAAUGCAGUACCAAUGAAAUCCUUUUGUUUUGCAUUUUGUUA